UCUACUCCACACAGGAACCGAAUCAUGGCGAGGCUUAAGAUGUUGAGAUUAGUAUUUAUAUUCAUCUCUGUGUAUGUAGCGGUUGUGAACGGCGCCGACGAUAUUUUAGUUGGCUGCGGAGGGUUUGUCAAGUCAGAUGUGGACAUCGAUUAUUCCCUUGUCGAGAUAAGGCUGUACACUAAGCAAGGCUCCCUGAAGUAUCAAACAGACUGUGCUCCUAUCAAUGGCUAUUUCAUGAUCCCACUCUACGACAAGGGUGAUUUUGUCCUUAAAAUAGAACCACCGCUGGGAUGGAGCUUUGAGCCGACCACUGUGGAUAUCCAUGUGGAUGGCCUUACUGACAUAUGCACCAAAGAGCAGGACAUUAAUUUCUUCUUUACUGGAUUCUCCGUCUUAGGAACAGUUCUGAGUAAAGGUCAUCUGCAAGGCCCAUCAGGAGUGGAAGUCAGCCUGAAGAAUGCAGGAGAGGAUCAAAUACUUCAGAUGGUGCUAACUCAGGCUGAAGGACACUACACUUUCUCUAAAGUGCUUCCUGGAAAUUAUGAAAUUACAGCAUCUCAUCCAUCGUGGACCCUGGAACAGACCACAACCUCUGUAGUUGUAUCAAAUGCCAAUGCCCAGGCUGCAGCUCCACUAGUAGUUAAAGGCUAUGAUGUCUCUGGUGAAGUGCAAAGCGAUGGUGAACCCAUGAAGGAAGUUACAUUUCUUCUCUACUCUGCCACUGUGAUGCAAGAGAUCAGUGGCUGUAGCUCCACUCCCGUAGAUGGUGCCUUGCCAGACGAUUUGUCCCUUGUGUACCUGUGUAGUGCACAGUCACGUGAGGAUGGUACCUUCUCCUUUCCAUGCUUGCCUAGUGGCGAGUACACAGUGGUGCCGUACUACAGAGGUGAACGGAUCACUUUUGAUGUCGCUCCAUCCCGGCUUGAUUUUAGAGUUGAACACGACACUUUGAAGCUGGAGCCAAUUUUCCAGGUGAUGGGUUUUUCAGUCAUGGGCAGAGUUUUGAACAGCCCUGAUGGUGAGGGAGUGACGGGUGCAGUGGUCACCCUCAACAACCAGAUUAAAGUGCUAACUAAGGAGGACGGGUCAUUCCGUUUAGAGAAUAUGACCACCGGCACCUACACCAUCACCACUCAAAAGGAGCUCAUGUUUUUCGAGCAAAUCACAGUGAAGAUUGCACCAAGCACCCCUCAGCUGCCCGACAUUAUCACAGCAGGAUUCAGCAUGUGUGGUCAAAUCUCCAUUACCCAUCUUCCAGAGGGUAUUAAACAACUAGGGCACUAUAAAGUCAUGCUUACAGGCCAAGGACGUGACCAGGCUGUGAUUCGCACAAUUGAGAGCAACCAUCAGGGAGUGUUCUGCUUCCAAGCCAAGCCAGGAGACUACAGUAUACAGGUGACUUUACCAGAGGCUGAGGUCAAGGCUGGACUCGCCUUACAGCCUCAGUCUCUCAGUAUUUCCCUGGUUGACCGCCCAGUUAAGGACCUGCUUUUCACCCAAUUCAUAGCUACUGUUUCUGGCACUGUCUCAUGUUUAGCUGCAUGUGGAGACUUGAUGGUGACACUCCAGCCCAUAAGCAGAGUGGGUGAGCGGCAGAACAUCCAGCUUUCCAGCAGUAGUGAAGUACUUAGCUUCUCCUUCAGUAAAGUCCUGCCUGGAAAAUACAAAGUGUCCAUUGCACAUGAGGAGUGGUGCUGGAAGCACAAGUCAGUCGAAGUAGAGGUGCUAGACUUUGACGUUGAGGGAGUGGAGUUCAGGCAGACGGGCUACAUGCUGCGCUGCUCGCUGUCCCAUGCCAUCACACUGGAAUUCUUCCAAGAUGGAAGCACACCUGAGAACGUUGGUGUCUACAAUCUCUCGAAGGGUGUCAAUCGCUUCUGCCUGUCGAAACCAGGUGUGUACAAGGUGACCCCACGUUCCUGCCAUCAGUUUGAACAGGAUUAUUACACUUACAGCACAUCGGCCCCCAGUACCUUAACCCUGACUGCUGUCAGGCAUCAUAUGACUGGACUUAUCACCACAGACAAAAUGCUGGACGUUACAGUAACUAUAAAGUCAUCCAUCGAGAGUGAGCCUGCUCUCGUCCUGGGACCGCUGCGCUCAGCUGAAGAGCAACGCUAUGAACAGCAGUUAUUGGAAAUCGCUGCUCGCAAAAAAGAACGGGAAGAGCGUGGAGGAGAGGACAUGAGGCCACCUGUGAUUGAGAAACCAGAGGAGCUCCGUGAGCCGUUCCACUAUGAGUUCUCCUACUGGGCACGAGCUGGAGAGAAGAUCACAGUAACACCAUCAUCUAAAGAACUGCUUUUUUACCCACCUGAAGUGGAAGCUACAAUCACAGGAGAGAGCUGUCCGGGUCAGAUGGUAGAGAUUAUGGGACGAGCAGGUCUCUUCUUGCAGGGACAGGUGAUGCCGGAACUGGAGGGUGUGGAGAUAACUAUUAGGAAGUCUGGAGCAACAGAGCCUCUCAUCACUGUUCUCACCGACAUAAGUGGAUCCUACAGUGUCGGACCUCUGCACAGUGACUUGCAGUAUGAUAUCAGUGCUAGUAAAGAGGGCUUUGUAUUGACCCCAGUGGAAGGCAAAUCAGAAGAUUUUAAAGCCUUUGCACUGGCAGGUGUCACUUUUGAGAUUAAGGCAGAGGAUGGCCUACCUCUUUCUGGAGUGCUUCUCUCUCUCAGUGGUGGAAACUUCCGUUCUAAUCUGCUCACUCAGGACACAGGACGCCUGACCUUCAACAACCUGAGUCCUGGUCAGUACUACUUCAAACCCAUGAUGAAAGAGUUUCGCUUUGAGCCCUCCGCUCAGAUGAUCACAGUAGAAGAAGGCCAGAGCCUCCGUAUCCCCAUCACUGGCUUUAAAACUGCAUACAGCUGCUAUGGCACUGUACAGUCUCUGAGCGGCGAUGCUGAGCAGGGUGUGGCUGUAGAGGCAGUGGGUCAGGGUGAGUGCAGCAUGUACAGUGAGGACACCGUAACCGAUGAAGCAGGCCGGUUCCGACUUCGAGGACUGCUGCCUGGGUGCACUUAUACUAUUCAGCUGAGUGGAGAAGGCAAUGAUCACAUUGAGAGGGCACUGCCCCAGCACAAAUCCAUCGAGGUGGGUGGCAGUGACAUCGACGGCGUCAAUAUCAUCGCCUUCAGACAAAUUAAUCAGUUUGACCUGAGUGGCAAUAUUAUAACUUCAGCUGAACAUCUUCCAACUCUCUUGGUGAAGCUCUACAAGAGCGACAACCUUGACAGUCCUUUCCAAAGUGUGCCGCUGGGCCAGUCGCUUUUUUUCCACUUCUCCCCUCUCCCACGAGAUGGAGAGAGUUAUGUUUUAAUGUUGGACACCACGCUUCCUCGCUCCCAGUACGACUUUAAACUUCCUCAGGUCUCCUUCACAUCCUCCGGAUACCAUAAACAUGUGACGCUCACCUUUAACCCCACUAGAAAGCUUCCAGAUCAAGAGGUUGCUCAGGGAUCGUACAUAGCACUGCCUCUAACUUUGCUGCUCUUACUGGUUGUGUAUAAUCAUGAAAGGGUGAUCCCGCUCUUCCUGCAGCUGCUGAGCCGCAUUCAAGGUGUCCGCAGCCUGACGCAGAAUAGCAAUGAUGGACAGGCAGUUGAGGAUGCAAAGCGCCAGUCCAAACGACCCAAGACACGACGCACAUAAGACACUUGUGCCAUGCCCACCACUCAUUAUUUCUGGCCAAAUCAUAUGAUAGUCUCUGGAUUAUUGAAAAAAAAAAACUGCAAAGGCCAAUGGGAUUCAGAGCGUUUACAUUCAUCUUUGAAUAUUUUUCUUUGCAUGGGCUGUGUUCACAGUAUCCUCAUCAGUGGACUGAUAUGCACUGAUAACUGUCUGGUCGCUGGUAUAUGUGACUGGGGCUCAGAGAACUUUUGUGAAUAUGGGUCCUUUGUGAACGGUGGCUGUGAAAUGAUGCCUGUGUUUUUAUAUGUUGUAGAGUCUAUGGAAGAACACUGACCCAACAAUUUAAUAAUUAUUAUGAUUAUGGUUUAUAAAUUGUGUAUUUAUUAACAAGUUGAAUUACUGAAAUCAGGUUGCCCAAAGUUUCUCUUACUAAAUUCUUUUUUUUUUACAUUUAGAUCACGGAUUAUAAACUUCUAGUGUUGAUUUACAAUUUUCCAUCACAACAAAUGAUUUAAAUUAGUUUGAGUGUUGUUUAACUUUAUUAAAUGGUUUUCAGAAUGUUUUUGAACAUAAAAAUAAACAUACUAGGUUUGAAACAAAAUAUGUGAACUAAAGAUUUAUUAAACAUGCUGGACCUCAAA